AUGUCAAGCAACACCAAUUACGAAAUCUCGAUGCCAACUACGGACAAGCUCCGUGGCAUGGCCAAUUGGCCUGAAUGGUCAACCAAGGUCCAGCUUGCGCUAGUGUCAAUGGGUCUUUGGGGCCAUGUUAAAGGAGAGGUGAUACGGCCAGCAGAUGAUGCAGCUGAUUGGGUCAAGAGCGAUUCUAAGGCUAUAUUUUUCAUGAUCAACAACAUGACGGAGAUAACGCAGCAGAAACUAAAACAAUCCGGCUGGGAUGUAGACAACGCAACAUCCGAAACCACUUGGAAUCUGUUGAAGUCCUCUGUUACAAAGAUUACGGAUGAAUCCCUUGCUGAACUCUUAAUGAAAUUCCCACACUAUAAGCGCAGGGAUUUCACGACGUUCAACGCAUAUAUUGCAAAAACACUGUGGGCUUGGGAUACGAUUGUCAAAGCUGGGGGCUUAGACGAUAAGUUCUUAGUCAUGACCUUGAUGAAUGGUAUCAAAGACACCUAUCCGGAAUGGUAUACCAACUGGAAGCACGAUUGUGACAGAGGCAAGUUUCCAACCAAGCAGGACUUCCUACAGUUUCUGUCCGCUAAGGCGGAUGACGAAGAAGCUGCUGGAGCCCCUAUCAACUUAUCUAUGCAAACACCCAAUCAGCUACCACCAUUGCCGGAAGGGACCAAAGGGUCGGACCAGUGUCACAUCCAUGUUAACAUGGCUCACACAAAUGAUAACUGCUGGUCGCGACACCCAGAAAAACGACCCUCUUGGCAUAAAGGCAAACGAAAAGGCAAAAAUUCUGGCCGAGUCGGUAACCCAGAUAUCAUCCAGCCGAUGAACCUUGCAAUUCUGGCGACCGCCUUAUCAUCAGAUGCCGUAGUAUUGGAUUCCGGAGCUGCGGAACACUGCUUCAAUGACCUUAAGUGGUUUACACACAUUGACUUCCACGAUGAAGACAGUCGCUAUGUUGGGCAUAAUAACGUCCCCUAUGGUCGUCAAGGAAUUGGAAUAGUGCAGAUUACGGCGAAUGGGAAAACACUUAUCCUGCACAACGUUGGAUACUGUGCGGUUGGCGCCGCAAAUAUAAUCGCGACGAGCAUCUUGGAAAGGAGCUAUGGUCUGGUUGUUAAUGGUCAAACUAAGGAACUGGUUUUUGCAAGUUCAGGGCAUAAGUUAUGCUCAUAUGCAUGGAAAUCAGGAAUAGCUGUUCUUGACAUUGGACCACAAUCCAAGUCACAAUGCAACUUUUCUGUUCUUCCCAAUCGAGCUACAACUAAGAAUGUUGAUUACGGCCUAAUGCACCACCGGCUAAUGCAUGCUGGUGUAGAGAGAACUAAACGAGCUUGCAAAGCAGCUGGGAUCCAAUUGAAUGAGUCAUCUAUUAAGGAAUUUCACUGCGAGGCAUGUUAUCUUGGCAAGGCGGAUGCUAUUAUUAGCCGGGCCAAGUUCGAGCCAACGGCAUUUCUUAGUCAUGUCUACUGGGAUCUGCUACAACACACACCAAUUGGAUACGGAGGCUACCGUUGGUCUCUUCACGGCAUAGACGGAUAUACUGGCUUCCAAUGGAUCAUGUUUUUAACCAGGAAGAAACACGCGCUGCCGAAACUAAAGGAAUGGAAGGGGAAGGUAGAGAAGAUGAGUGGCGGGCAUCAAGUUCAAGUCUUUGUCUUUGACAACGGCGGCGAGUUCAAAUCAGAUAAGGCUGCUGAAUGGGGCACCAAGGAAGAGGUCAAUAUCAAGUAUACAACACCUUAUGCCCAUGAACAGAACGGCAGAGCCGAAAAAGCUGGUAAAGACAUUGCGGCAGGAGCUCGCACAACACUUAUUCAGCUACAACUACCCCAAGAACUCUGGCCUCUCUUCAUGGAGACCAGUGUGUACAUUCACAAUCUCCUACCGGCACGGCGGUACAACUGGCAGAGUCCGAUCCAACGGAUGUUCAAAAUCAUCAACCUGCCAUAUGAGCCAAAUCUCCAGCACAUCCACACAUGGGGCUGUAAAGCCUACGUCACAAUCCCCAAGGAAAUUCAAGUCAAGAGCCAGAAAAUGGCCAACAAAGCCAAGAUUGGCAAUCUUGUUGGCAUGGAAGGUCUGCAUGGCCACGUAUACAAAAUAUGGCUUCCGGAUGAGCAACGCGUCGUCCGGGCCCGUGAUGUGCGCUUCCAUGAGGAACCCAACAAUAAAACACGCACUGAAACGACGAUCGAAUACGAAGCUAAACUCGUCGAGCCAGACCUUGAAGGCUCCGGAAAGAUCAUCUACACAGAAGUGCGGAAUGGGCUAGGCACAGACCUAGGCGGAAAACAAAUAGAGGAACAUCAUCUGGGUCCGUCUGGCACAAUAACACCAGAAACACAUUCAGCAGACCGGGGUUCACUGUCCCCAGAUAUUAGGCUGGGAACACCUCUCGAAUCGCCACACAGUAUGCUGUCGGAUAUUGAUGUGGUUGAACAAAUCGAUGACAGCGGUGCUAGCCAAAGCCAGCAUGAGCAGCUUCAUCAAGACACAGGGCCAAUAAGACAGGCACCUGCAGACGUGGAUAAGAACCCACGAUCAGAAACACCGCGGAACAACUUGCAAGAACGAACACCACCCUAUACGCCGGCCCAACAAUAUAGGGGAGACCAAACACAGAUUCGGAACCAGCUUGCCCAAGAAGAACAGGAGGACCUGCUACAGGAACAGCCCAUACCACCUGCACGGGCAAUGCAUGGCACAGUUUCCGAAGAACAGGAUGUUGAAGAUCCAGCAUCGGAACAGCCGAUGGGCCAGGGGUUAGUGUCUGAUCAACACAACCAUCCCAGCCAUUCUUCACAUCGUAGCCUGCGUAAUCAACCACGACGGGACUACUCAGACAAUGGCGUUACAAUUGCUGCAGGAAGAGCAGCCAAGUACAUCAAUCUAAUAUAUCGAGAAGAAGACAUCAUACAGAAACAGCCAAAACUCCGGCUAAUACCGAUGUGGUCGAUCAUAAAGACCAGGGAACAUCUUAACCAACCACGAGUACCAAAAAACUGGUUUGAUGCCCGUAUGCGAAAUGACUAUAAGUCAAAGUGGCUGCCAGCAAUGGAAAGACAGUUCCGGAGCCUCGCCGAGAUGGACGUCUGGAUCCUUGUUGAACUGCCACCGGGCAAACUUGCGCUUGACGGCCGAUGGGUGUAUGAUGAGAAAUAUCCAAAGGAUGCCGAUCCCUACGCACGAGCCAGAUGGGUCGUACGAGGUGAUCAAAUCAAAGACUCAUACGCCUUAGAAGAUCUCUAUGCAGCAGUAGCACAUAUGACAUCGGUGCGACUCUUCUGUACAGUCGUUGCUCUCUUGGACUUGGACUGGGCCCAAUAUGAUGCGGUGACUGCGUUCCUAAAUGCAAAGGCACGACAAGAAGUGUACAUGAAACAACCACAAGGCUUUGAUGAUGGAUCCGGACGAGUGUGUUUGCUGAAACGAGCACUCUAUGGACUUCCAACAUCACCACUGUGGUGGUUUGAUACAGCCCGCGCAUAUUUGAAAGAGCUAGGAUUUGCGCCACUGGCAUCAGAGCUCUGUCUCUUCCGACGAGACGAUGGAGUCCACAUUCUUCUAUACGUUGACGACAUGAUCAUUGCGGCGCCCACUAAACAGAUGGUCAAGGACACAGCUGAGUCGAUUGCCUUGCGAUUCAAAAUCAAGGAAAUCGGCGAGGUGACAGAGUUCCUAGGUCUUGAAAUCAAGAGAGACCGAUCACAGCGCCGCAUCUGGAUCAGCCAAGAGAAAUUCAUCGAUAAGAUUGUAGAGAAAUUCUUCCCUGACCAACAGCUUAACAAGGCACAGAGCCCCUGGCCUUCGAAGACCGAGAUCCCGGCUAACUGGAAAGAACUGGAUGUCGCGAUGCCAUCCACAGACUGGCUUGAACGUACUGGCAGUCUGAACUUUCUAUCCAUGGGGACGAGACCUGAUAUCACAUAUACCGUACAACGGCUGUGUGAAGCUAAUCAGGGCCCAACCGAGAUACACGUCCAAGUACUGAAACAUCUCUUCAGAUAUAUAUCAACAACCAAAUCGUAUGGCAUUUGCCUCGGUGGUAGUUACAGAAUCACAGAUCUCAAGCUCCGUGUAUAUGCGGAUGCAUCCUUUGCAACGGACCCAAUGACCCGCUUCUCAACAGCAGGCCAUAUUGUCUUCGUUGCUGAGGGGCCAAUCCAUUGGAAGUCGGCCAAGCAGACGCUCGUGACGACUAGCACAACCGAGGCUGAAUUCAUCAACCUCACACCAGCGGGAAUGAGCAUAUUGUGGAUAUCGCAAUUCCUCGCUGACCUGAAAAUGCCGCAACCGAAGCCGUUAGUCCUAUUUACAGACAGUCAGAACGCCAGGUUGGCAGUAUUAAAUAAGAACAACACGGCUCGUACGCGUCAUAUUGAUAUCCGGUACAAGUGGAUCAUCAAUCGUACCAAUGAUGGGUUCUUUCAACUUCAUCAAGUCGGUACAGACGAGAUGACAGCCGAUGGAUUGACAAAGGCACUUACGCCAGUUAAACAUGCCCAAUUUAUCAGGCAACUCAACCUGGGCAAAGCCCAAGUCACUCGCUGA